GUUUUGAAGCAGAUGACUUGUUAGACGUAGAAGAUGGAUUAUGUAGACGGGACAUUUACAUACGAAAGUGGUCCUGUAGCCAGUGCUGAUUUUCCACAAACUGAGGAACCUGUAUAUAUCUUAGGCAAAGCCUACAGUGCUCUUCAUGACAGAGAGGAGCUACAUCGUGAUUUUGUGUCAAGGUUAUGGAUGACUUAUAGAAGAAAUUUCCCUGCAAUAGGUGGCACAGGGCCAACGGGAGACACAGGCUGGGGAUGUAUGUUACGCUGUGGUCAAAUGAUGCUAGCACAAACACUUCUGGUUCACCAUUGUGGAAGAGAAUGGGUGUGGGCGGAUAAUGGUCAUCAUGAUGACAUAUACUGGAGAAUUCUCAGCUUGUUUCAGGACAAAAAAAGUGCCAACUACUCCAUACAGCAGAUAGCGUCUAUGGGCGUGUCAGAGGGCAAAGCUGUUGGCCAGUGGUUUGGACCAAACACUGUUGCGCAAGUGUUAAAGAAGCUGGCAGUGUAUGAUGACUGGUCCAACCUUGUGAUCCAUGUAGCCAUGGACAACACUGUGAUAGAAAAUGAUAUUCGAGGUUUAUGCUUGGAUGGCAAAGAUAAGGAUAGCUGUGAUAUUAUUGGAUGUCAGAAUGUCAAAGGAGCAGAAGGUGGAUCAAGUCAUUUUGAUAAAAACCACAAACUAAAGGGGAAGCCAGGGCAUUGGAAACCUCUUCUUCUUGUGAUACCGCUUAGGCUUGGUCUAACAGACAUCAACUCUGUGUAUAUAGAUAGUCUGAAAAGAUGUUUCACAUUCAGACAAAGUGUAGGCAUAAUUGGAGGUCGUCCCAACCAUGCUCACUGGUUUGUAGGUUUCGUAGGUGACAAACUUGUAUUCCUGGACCCACAUACAACACAAGGAGUCGCAGACCUAGACGAUCCUACAAGUAGUGAUCAGAGCUACCACUGCAAGUACCCAAGUCUGAUGAAGGUCACAGAACUCGACCCUUCUAUAGCCGUUGGAUUUUAUUGUCGAAAUGAGGAGGACUUUACAGAUUUUUGUAGUCAGGCACGCAAACACAUUACUGAUGCCAAGAAGACACCCAUGUUUGAAAUGUUCCAGGAUAGGCCUUCCCACUGGCCUCCAUAUGAACCUUAUACUGGGCUUUCAUCAUCUACAACAGGUUUCACUGAAGUUGGAACACAAGAUGACAGUGAUGAGGAAUUUGAGUUGGUUGGAUAACAAGACCUUAUAUAACCAUUGAACAAAGUGUUUAAUAAGCUUCCAUUCUGUGUUCUAAUGCAAUCUAUUGCACCAGUUGAAGAACUUAAAAAAAAUUGAUUGGUUGAUUUUUACAUGUAUUAUAAUUGUGAUUGGUUAGUUUAUGUGAAUAUUGACUUAGGAAUGCUGUAUUAGCAUGACAAGUAUUAAUGUUAUUGAUGUUCAUGUAUAUUGAUUAUUUGUGAUUGAUAAUUGGUCAUCAAUAGUAUUGGUUUAGUGACAGUUAAGAAUUUGGUGACGAAAUGAUGAAUGAUUGUUAGUAAUUAAUGAUUAACACCACAUUGAAGGAGUGACUGUGACUGAUUGACUACUGUGAUUAUGAGGGUCCAAUUGUUCCUGCUAUAUAUAACACCUGUGUAAAUUUGUACCCAUACUGUCUGUACUAGUCCUCUUAGGUGUGUCGCUAAGCUCUCUGAUGUAACUGCCAAAUGCUCCUGUGAAUGAAAAAAAAAAUGUGAAUGUCAUACUUUGCUAAUAUAAUCACAUUAAAUGCUGUAUGUGUGAGAAUGUUGCAGUUAUCAAAGUUGUGUAGUUAUGUAAAGAUGAAUGGUUGUUAGCUUUUAAAAGAUAUUCAUUUGUCAAUAAAGUAAACACAUUUUUAUUUUAUUUUAAACCCUUAAUACUUCUGAUCUAUUAUUUUAAGUUAUAAGACAUUUCAGUAGAAAUAGAUCCUUAUUUAAUCUUCUGUAAGUGACCGUUUACAAUUGUAAUGUAAAAAGUGUCACCACUGAGACUUGGUGUAGAUUUUAUCAGGUUGAGCUAUCGGCCAACACUGAAAGUGCAGAAACUUGUGUGGUAAGGGGAAUAACUCCCGAAACUUGUAUGGUAAGGGGAAUAACUCCCAUUUAUUGUGUAGAAGGUAGAGUCAAGUGGUACCUUUUUGUACUACAUUCACACAUUGAUAAAGAAAAUCGUCUGUAUUAUUUAUUACUGCUAAAAUUCCACAGUAUCUGUCUAGUUAUCAUAUUUUUUCUGUAAAAGUCGUAGACCGCGGUUGCUUGUUCUGAAAUUAGAUUAUAAAUUGCAAUCUGAGUAAAGUUGUAUUUGAUGUCUCCACUGAUAUAUAUAUAUAUAUAUACGAAGUCUACAUAAGGAAUGGAUGUCUUGGUUGUCUGGAAUAUGUGUUUUGAACGUCACCAAGAAUAUCAUUGUGCAGGUACAUGUAUUUAUGAUGUUUGUGACUUUUGUAAGAUUAAAUGGUUAUAUCAAUGUCUGCUGCUGUCACAUAUAAAGUGUUGUUUUCCCUUUGUAUAACUGUAUGUCAUCCUUACAAACCUGAAAAUACAACUAUGUAACAAAAAUAACUAGAACCUUAAGUUUAUUAUCAUUUAGUUUUUCAUUUCUUUCCUUAUUUUAUCUGUAUAGAAGCAUUGACGAUAGGAAAAAUGAGUGUCUGUGUGUCCGUUUGUCUUUCCCAUGAGUCCAUCUGUGACAUUUAUGUUUUGUUUUAUUCAUAUGCUUUAUGAAAGACAGGUGAGAUCUUUUUCAAGAGAUGCCCGUCUUAAUAAUUACCAACACGUUUCAAACAUAUAAGAUCAGUGUACUCCGUGUGAAGUGUACUCUCAUUGGCCUCUGCUGUAACUCCAGCUAUGUAGAGAAUGCAGAUCUGGAAUUAAAGGGGACGGGACAGUGGCCAUAAUGUAACGCACUUCAUGCCAUAUACACUGAUGUAUACGAGACAUUAAUUCCUCUCAUCUUCUACAUAGGUCAUGUCAUCCUCGAUACUCCAGGGGUUACAAUCACAUUCACUGGCUGCACCCCUGGACAAAAUGGAAGGUUCCAUGUUCGGGGCCUUGAUGACAGGGCGAAAAGACUAUAUUGAUCCUUUCAUGUAUAUCAAAUGUAUCUCAAGGUUGCAAAACGGUACAUUGUAAUGGCUUUGAAGUUCGAUGUCGCUUCUUCAGAAGGAGCGUAUCAGCCUGUGAUUGGUCAGUUUUUUUUCUUAUGGAACCAGUAAGAUUACUUCGAUUGUGCCUUCAAUUUUACCAUGACAUGUUCUAGGGUUGCAGAGAGCGAAAGUGAGCUGACCCCUGGAGAAUCGCGGAUGCGACCAUAUAGUCAUACACUUUCUAGUUAUAAUCUACCUUGCCCGUUUUAUAUUAAGUAAGUAAUAUUGACGAUGUAUGAUUCGAUAAAUGAUUUCAGGGCUGUUUUACGGCUUUAUACUUUUGUCAAAUUUCUGAAAAAAUAAACUUACUGAAUGAC